GCAAACAGUACCACGGUCCACGGUCCAUGGUCGACGAUAUUAUCGGAAAGUUUGAGGAUCGAAGACACUAUCCGGUCAGAGACUGAUCGAAGAAGAUGAUGAUGACUUCUCAGAUGCAGCGUGGUUUUCCGACGGCGCUCGUUCUGUCAGCGCUUCUGUUGUUUCUGUCGCCGGGGAUUAUUCCGGGCGGCGAGGCGAUUUGGUUGAACGUGCCGGCGACGGGAACCAAGUGUGUCUCUGAGGAAAUUCAGAGCAACGUUGUUGUCUUGGCCGACUACCUCGUAAUCUCCGAAGAUCAUUCCGUCUUACCCACUCUCUCCGUCAAGGUGACAUCCCCAUAUGGAAGCAAUCUGUAUCACCAGGAAAACGUAACACAUGGUCAAUUUGCAUUUACAACCCAAGAAUCUGGGAACUACUUGGCAUGCUUUUGGGCUGAAGGGCAUAGUCAUGGAAACAAAGAUAUUAGCAUCAACCUUGACUGGAAAACCGGGAUAAGUGCCAAGGAUUGGGACUCCAUCGCUAAAAAAGAGAAGAUCGAGGGCGUCGAGCUGGAGCUCAGGAAACUCGAAGGUGCAGUCGAGGCCAUCCAUGAAAACUUACUCUACCUUAAGACAAGAGAAGCCGAGAUGAGGAUUGUGAGUGAGAAAACGAACUCUCGGGUAGCGUGGUUAAGCAUAAUGUCGUUGGGAAUCUGCAUCGCCGCCUCGGGUUUACAGAUAGUAUACCUAAAGCAUUACUUCCAAAAGAAGAAGCUUAUCUAAGAUCAAAACCCAUGGCCACGGCCAUUGUAUUGUUCCCCUUGUUGAAGAGAGUAGUGUAACCCUUUCCUCCUCUGCAUCUUGCUCUCAUUUUGGACGCUGUAAAAUUUUGUUGUCACGGAUUUAGUUUUAGCUUCUCUGUUUAUGAUUUGUAUUCCAUAAAUAGAACUCUUUUUCUCUCGAGCUUCGCCCUU